GAAACUCCUAUCCUAACGCGUUGUACAUCCCCCCCCUCCCUUUCUACCCCUUCUAUAUAUCCUUCAAAAUGUUGUUGUACUCUGACUUUCUGACCGACGAUGAGAUGUUCUCCGAUGCCUUCCCCAUAAAACUUAUCGACGGUAUCGUGUUCGAGGUCGAUUGCCAGUUGAUCACCAUCAAAGCUGGAGCCGACGUUGAUAUUGGCGCCAACCCCUCUGCUGAGGAUCAGGAGGAUGCGCUCGAGGAGGGCGCUACCCAAGUCAACAACGUUGUCCACUCUUUCCGGCUGCAGUCGACCUCCUUCGAUAAAAAGUCGUUCCUUACUUAUCUCAAGGGGUACAUGAAGGCCGUCAAGGGCAAAUUGGCUGAGACGAAUCCUGAUCGUGUCGAGGCUUUCGAGAAGGGUGCCCAGGCCUUCGCUAAAAAGCUCGUCGCCAAUUUUAAGGAUUAUGAAUUCUACACCGGCGAAAGCAUGAACCCUGAUGGCAUGGUUGCUCUCCUCAACUACCGUGAGGACGGCGUUACCCCUUACUUCACGUUCUGGAAAGAUGGUCUCAAGGAAGUUAAGCUCUGAGAAAAUAAUCGUGUUGAUCUCUUUGUAUUACUCUUCUAUGGUCGUGUCUGGUUAGGGGGUCAUAUAGGAUUUCUAGCAUCACGCAGGAUUAAAUUCCCAGUUGUAUGGAUCCAUUCACGACGACGUGCGUUCAACGUUCGAGAAUUCCAUGGAAAUUGUCCGAGAUCCAA